CUCCACUCUCCGAUGCUGGUGUGGUGAACAGCAGGACACUCUCUGCUAAGCUGCAUGGAGGCACAGGGAGGGGCAGGGAGCCCAGAGCCCAGUAAAGAUAUCCAGAAGCUGCUGAAGCCCUCCAGCUCAGGCGACCUAUCCAAGGAGUUGUUCCAGCACCCAGCAGGGGAGGAGGAGGGUAGCCUGUCCGGGCACACUGCUAGCCUGCUGCACAUCACUGAGAAGAGACAACCGCUGAGUAGUGUAUCUUCUUUAGAGGUACAUUUUGACCUCCUGGAUCUGACUGAGCUGACUGACAUGUCUGACCAGGAACUGGCUGAAGUCUUUGCUGACUCUGAUGAGGAAAACCACAACGAGUUCCCAUCAGGUUCCCAGCAGCCUGUGCUGCCCAGAGGUGGGUACAUGCGCUCCCCCUCCUGGACACGCUGCAGCAAGGUCGAGACCCCACGAGAGAGAAAACACCACAGCGACUCAGACACUGCAGAGCCCUUAAUGAAGCUGGAAAGGCCAAAGCAGCCAUGAGAUCUGAUGUGAAACAGCCGGACCGCAGAGAGAGAAAACCCAGAGCCAGACAGACACA